CCUUCUUCCUCCACAACCGCCGCCGCCGCAGCAAACCCUUGCGCGCUCGCCCUCCAACCCUCCGCCGCCGCCGCUCCACAGCCUCACCGCCGCCGUCGACAUGGGUAAGGUGCACGGAUCGCUGGCCCGUGCCGGGAAGGUGCGCGGCCAGACGCCCAAGGUCGCCAAGCAGGACAAGAAGAAGCAGCCCCGCGGCCGCGCCCACAAGAGGAUCCAGUACAACCGUCGCUUCGUCACCGCCGUCGUCGGCUUCGGCAAGAAGCGCGGCCCCAACUCCUCCGAGAAGUAGGCGCGCGGCACCAACGCGCCAUGAAAAAGGCUCUUCCUUUGCGCUAGUUUUCCUCUCGUUUGUUGUUACGCAAGAAGAUGAUGAUGGAAGAGACUUCACUUACAUUCGUACUCAAGUGUUAAAGUAUGCAAUGUUUUGCUUAGUUGAAGAAUCUGAGAUAUUGGUGGUAUGAGUAUGCAUGCAUGUUAUCCUUAGUUGAAGAAUCUGAGAUAUUGUGGUACGAGUUCAUGGCUUAAAUUUCCUUGUUUGUUGUUGUUGC